GUGCCUGAGCGGCGCGCGUGUGGCACUGCGGCCGAGUGGCAGUGCAGGUGUCGGGGGCUAAGGCGCAGCUGCGAUAGUCGCUCCACUUGGCAGAUUACACAUUCAGAGCUUUUCUAAGGGACGGCGCUAAGGAUUUACUGAAGGAAUCGUUGGUUGCCAAAGAAAAUGAGUACCAGCAAGGACUAUGAUUAUCUCAUCAAGUUUCUGGCUCUUGGUGACUCUGGUGUGGGGAAGACAAGUUUCCUUUAUCAGUACACUGAGGGCAUAUUCCAACAGCAGUUCAUUUCUACAGUUGGAAUUGACUUUAGGGAAAAACGGAUGAUUUACAAGGGCAAUAGUUUUGCUCGUCCACAGGGUGUCCAUCUUCAGCUCUGGGACACAGCCGGGCAGGAAAAGUUUCGUAGUUUAACCACUGCAUUUUAUCGGGAUGCCAUGGGUUUCCUGCUACUGUUUGAUUUGACUAAUGAGCAGUCAUUCCUCAAUAUUAGAAGUUGGCUGGAGCAGCUAAAGACUCAUGCAUACUGUGACAAUCCUGACAUAAUCCUGUGUGGAAACAAAGUGGAUUUAGCAGAUCAAAGAAUGAUUUCUGAACAGCGGGCCAGAGAUGUUGCUGAGAAGUUUGGCCUCCAGUACAUUGAAACUUCAGCUGCUUCAGGCCAAAAUGUAGAAACUGCUGUAAUCCAUCUUCUUGAUGCUGUGAUGAAGAGAAUGGAAAUGGCAGUGGAUUCAAGUCGUCUUCCAGGCAGAAGGGGUCGUGCUAGAACAUUGCAGCAGCAGGAGGACGAUGAAGCAGAAGAGACAGAGGGACGCUGUUCAUGUUAAAUGAUGGGCAGAUCACCCCAAGCUUUAGAUGUACUGUUGACAGUCUAUACUAGUCAUUUCCAAAGUAGUAUAUGUAGGCUUUUAAAAAGGAGUUUUUGUAAAGAGACAGCUUACUGGUAAAAUGUUUGCUCAUCCUUAGAAAAAGAAAUGAAAAGGGCCAGCUUAUCCCUUCAUGGGACCCUAAGAAUGUAACCAGGGCUUAUCAGCUAGGCACACCUAAAACUUUUGACGAAUGUAUUUGAAUGUACAGCCAAAAUGUAAAACUGACUCUCCAGAAAUCCCAUUUAGAGUGGGAGCAGAUGGUUAUAUUUCCCAUAGUCAGUUAAAUAUACAAAAAUUACA